GGACAACUACCUGAUAUCAAUAAAAUAUUUGCUACUUAACUUUUUACUUUACUAAAUUUAUGAAAUUUACUACUUGAUUUAUAUUAGACUAAGCUUUAUCUAUUAGCAAAGUCCUUUAGUUGGGAUAAACAGAGAACAAUUCAGUAUGGAAAUAACCGUAAAGGGUAUCUCUUUAAGAAGUAGUAUGAUUGGUCUAAUCAUCCUACUAUUUUAAAUAACACAAGGUUUUCGAUACGAUAAAAAUUCUAUUUAUAAUAAAAUUGUCAGAGUUUGUUUUAUUUCCUGAUUUGUUUAUUUUGACGACGAUCUUUUUUUCUGC